GACGCGCGACGCAGCAAGGUGAAAUCGUACCGGUUCACCGACGGCGAAUGGAAGGAACGAGGACUCGGUCCGAUUAAACUUCUCGAGCACAAGACGUCUAAAAAGAUUCGCGUGCUCAUGCGCCGGGAUAAAACGCUGAAGAUUUGCGCCAACUUUUACGUGCAACAAGAAUCCAAGGUGGCGGAGCACGCGGCGAGCGAAAAGGCGUGCGUGUUCACCACGGUGGAUUGCUCGGACGGCGACGAACGCCCGGAGCUUUACAACAUGUGCAUCAAGUUCGGAAGCGCGGAAAAGUGCGAACUCUUCACGGCGGCGUUCAAUGACGCC